AUGGUUCACUUUCUUCAUAUCUCAGUAACGCUGCUUUGCGUCGUCAUCACCGGGACGUGGGCAGCAAACUGCAUCAACGACGCCAGCUGUAACGGGCAUGGCACCUGCCCCACGGCCUGCACAACUGUCUGCACCUGCACUGGCGGCUAUGGCGCUGACGACUGCUCUGUUCCCCCGGUGUGCACGGCCGGCGGCAGCGAGUGCGGCGGUAAGGGCACCUGCACCACUUCCAGUUCCCCCUACUUCUGUUCCUGUACGGAAGGCUACGGAGGGACCUUGUGUACACCCCAGUCUGCACGGCUACAGGAAAUCAGUGCGGCACCAACGGCGACUGCACAACGACCGCCUCCCCCCUAUUUCUGCACCUGCAAGAACGGAUACUCUGGAACACUUUGCACCACCGCCCCCAUCUGCACUGCUACCGGAACUCAGUGCGGCACCAACGGCGACUGCACAACGACAGCUUUUCCCUUCGUCUGCACCUGCAAGAACGGAUACUCUGGGCCACUGUGCACCGUCGCCCCCAUCUGCACGGCUGCAGGAAAUCAGUGCGGCACCAACGGCGACUGCAUAACGGCAACCUCGCCCUACGUCUGCACCUGCAAGAACGGAUACUCUGGGCCACUGUGCACCGUCGCCCCCAUCUGCACGGCUGCAGGAAAUCAGUGCGGCACCAACGGCGACUGCAUAACGGCAACCUCGCCCUACGUCUGCACCUGCAAGAACGGAUACUCUGGGCCACUGUGCACCACUGCCCCAGUCUGCACGGCUACAGGAAAUGAGUGCGGCGCCAACGGCGACUGCACGACGGCAGCUUCCCCAUACGUCUGCACCUGCAAGAACGGAUACACUGGCAAUUUGUGUACCGUAGCACCCAUCUGCACCGCUGCAGGAACUCAGUGUGGCAGCAAUGGCGGCUGUAACACCUGCGGCACCAACUACUUCUGUCAGUGCAACGGCGGAUACGGCGACAGUACCUGCUCCACGGCCCCCUCCUGCACUCAUACUGGGAAUGAAUGUUUGAACCAAGGUACCUGCAACACCACUGCCUCUCCCUACGUGUGCAGCUGCCCAGACCCCUACUCUGGCAACACCUGUGCUCUCUUCAACUCAGGUCAUCACGUGACCUACUUCCUGGCGUCCAUAGUCCUCUGCCUGCUUGGAAGUGUUCUGUUUUUGUAACUGUUGAGUUGCUAUCUAGCCGGUGUUCUUCUCAUCCACAGGGACACCAUAUAUAUUGCACAUGUGAUACCAAUAUCAACUUGAGAAGACACUACUUCGUUAGACCGUUUUUUAUAAGUAAAUAUUAUAACUUGGUGUACUUACUUUAGGUGUAAUAAUUGUGUGGUUCUGUUACAAAUGCUUAUAUCUGCAUACUAUCGCAAAGUGUGAUCUAAUAUCCCGUUAAGGGGAUGCUAGCAGCUAGUUGACACGACUUGAAGCCAUAUGCCACCUACAUGUUUCUUGUAACCAGUCAUAGGCAACCAUUUGACAAAUUGUUUUGGGAAAACUGGAUCAUGAUUGUGUGUUUCUCGGAGAAUAAUUAAACAUGGCCAAUGUCUGUAACCAAUGAGAAAAGUUGUUCUGUACCCCGAUGACGUGUCGAGUUACUGACAUCUGUCGGUUGUUCCAUUGAAGUAAAGGGUAUCGUUCAACAA